AUGGGUGAUGGCUUUCGCCCAAAUUCGCGCUUUUCCUGGUUACGUCGCAAAAAUACCAACUUCCAUGACGACACGAAGUCUGUUACACAGAUGUUUGUCAUACGCCGCACACAUGCUCAAGAGCAUGAGAUAGCUCCGUAUACGACGGAAGAAAACCUCGAUUCAAUUGUGGACUUUGUCAUUGAACGAGAGCGGUUGAAAGCUGCUAUUGCCGAGCAAGGACUAUGUGAUGCAUAUCUGUACAGGUAGAA